AAGCAGCUACAACCAUGGUGUUAAGAAGCAAAUCAGGAGAAUACACAGUAACAAGAGGAGAGCAGCAUGCAGGUGAACAUGGACGAGCUGCUGCAGUGUGUCUGGGGCUGCUGUGUCUUCUCCUCCUGUCUACAGUCAUCGGCCUGGUGGCACACUAUAACAAAUCAGAUUGCAACCUGGCCAGAGAGAGAGAAGAGUUACAGACCAGUCUCAACAGCAUUAGUCAAGAGCGAAAACAGUUACAGACCAGUCUCAACAGCAUGAGUCAAGAGAGGAACCAGUUACAGACCAGUCUCAACAGCAUGAGUCAAGAGAGGAACCAGUUACAGACCAGUCUCAACACACUGUCCAGUGAGAGAGACGAGUUACAGAGCAGGUUCAACAACCUGACUCAAGAGAGGAACCAGUUACAGACCAGUUUCAACAGCAUGACUCAAGAGAGAAACCAGUUACAGACGAUUCUCAACAGCAUGACUCAAGAACGAAACCAAUUACAGACCAGUCUCAGCAGCAUGAGUCAAAAGAGAAACCAGUUAAAGACCAGUCUCAACAGCAUGACUCAAGAGAGGAACCAGUUACAGACCAGUCUCAACAACAUGACUCAAGAGAGAAACCAGUUAAAGACCAGUCUCAGCAGCAUGAGUCAAGAGCAAAACCAAUUACAGACCAGUCUCAACAACAUGACUCAAGAGAGAAACCAGUUACAGACCAGUCUCAACAGCAUGAGUCAAGAGCAAAACCAAUUACAGAACAGUCUCAACAACAUGACUCAAGAGAGAAACCAGUUAAAGACCAGUCUCAGCAGCAUGAGUCAAGAGCAAAACCAAUUACAGACCAGUCUCAACAACAUGACUCAAGAGAGAAACCAGUUACAGACCAGUCUCAACAACAUGACUCAAGAGAGGAACCAGUUAAAGACCAGUCUCAACAGCACGACUCAAGAGAGGAACCAGUUACAGAAGAGUCUCAACAGCACGACUCAAGAGAGGAACCAGUUACAGACCAGUCUCAACAACAUGACUCAAGAGAGAAACCAGUUAAAGAGCAGUCUCAGCAGCAUGAGUCAAGAGCAAAACCAAUUACAGACCAGUCUCAACAACAUGACUCAAGAGAGAAACCAGUUACAGACCAGUCUCAACAGCAUGAGUCAAGAGCAAAACCAAUUACAGACCAGUCUAAACAACAUGACUCAAGAGAGCAACCAGUUAAAGACCAGUCUCAACAGCACGACUCAAGAGAGGAACCAGUUACAGACCAGUCUCAACAACAUGACUCAAGAGAGGAACCAGUUACAGACCAGUCUCAACAUCAUGAGUCAAGAGCAAAACCAAUUACAGACCAGUCUCAACAACAUGACUCAAGAGAGCAACCAGUUAAAGACCAGUCUCAACAGCACGACUCAAGAGAGGAACCAGUUACAGACCAGUCUCAACAACAUGACUCAAGAGAGGAACCAGUUACAGACCAGUCUCAACAUCAUGAGUCAAGAGCAAAACCAAUUACAGACCAGUCUCAACAACAUGACUCAAGAGAGCAACCAGUUAAAGACCAGUCUCAACAGCACGACUCAAGAGAGGAACCAGUUACAGACCAGUCUCAACAACAUGACUCAAGAGAGGAACCAGUUACAGACCAGUCUCAACAUCAUGAGUCAAGAGCAAAACCAAUUACAGACCAGUCUCAACAACAUGACUCAAGAGAGCAACCAGUUAAAGACCAGUCUCAACAGCACGACUCAAGAGAGGAACCAGUUACAGACCAGUCUCAACAACAUGACUCAAGAGAGGAACCAGUUACAGACCAGUCUCAACAUCAUGAGUCAAGAGCAAAACCAAUUACAGACCAGUCUCAACAACAUGACUCAAGAGAGCAACCAGUUAAAGACCAGUCUCAAAGGCACGACUCAAGAGAGGAACCAGUUACAGACCAGUCUCAACAACAUGACUCAAGAGAGAAACCAGUUAAAGAGCAGUCUCAGCAGCAUGAGUCAAGAGCAAAACCAAUUACAGACCAGUCUCAACAACAUGACUCAAGAGAGAAACCAGUUAAAGACCAGUCUCAGCAGCAUGACUCAAGAGAGGAACAAGUUAAAGACCAGUCUCAACAGCACGACUCAAGAGAGGAACCAGUUACAGACCAGUCUCAACAACAUGGCUCAAGAGAGAAACCAGUUAAAGACCAGUCUCAACAGCAUGACUCAAGAGAGGAACCAGUUACAGACCAGUCUCAACAACAUGACUCAAGAGAGAAACCAGUUAAAGACCAAGCUGACACCAUGCCCAGACGGAUGGACCCAUUUCAACAGCAGCUGUUACUUCAACUCUUCAGAAAGUAAAAGCUGGGAUGAGAGCCGGCAGGACUGUCUGAGGAGAGGAGCUGACCUGGUGAUCAUCAACAGCAGAGAAGAAAAUUCAUUUCUGAAGAAGUUUGGUCUCAGAGUCUGGAUUGGUCUGUCUGAUCUGGAAACAGAAGGGGAGUGGAAGUGGGUGGAUGGAUCAAGUCUGAGCUACACGUCCUGGGCAAAAGGUCAGCCUGAUGAUUAUGGUGGAGGAGAAGACUGUGGAGAACUGAGACCAGCAGAAGAUGGAUGGAAUGAUGUGUUUUGUUCUGAUGGUCGGCCUUGGAUUUGUGAAAAGAAAACUCCAGUCCAUCCAGCUGGGAAAUGAACAACAUUUUUUUGUCCUCUUACAUUAUAAAAGAAGAAAGCAAAGAACAUGUAUUAUGCCUAAUUCAAAUGACAUGAAUGAUUUUACUGUGACAGAUUGUCUUGAGAAAAUAAAAUAGUCUGGCUUGGGUGGAUAUUUCUGUUUAGAAUACAUUGCUGUUUCUCUUAAGUAAAUAAAGUUUAUGAAACGUUU